AUUUUGGUCUUCCUACGACUCCUUGCAAACCUCCGGAGGGCCUGGGACGCCAGAAGACGGCUGGCGAAAUCACAUCGCCCGGCGCUGCGGAUGUUGCGAGAUCGGAGCGCAUCCGCGGAGCAAAACGCGCGAGGACGCGAGAGGACGGUUCGGGCGCUCGCAUCGAUCGCUACCACGGCGACUGGCACAUUGGGGCAGCCAUGAGCUACCUGGACCGCUACAAAAGCACCACGGCGGCGGACCGACCACCGCCGCCGCCGACGCCAUCAACGAACGCGACGCCGCCCCCGACGCCGCAGUACGGCGACCGCCGCGUCGCGCGCGCGGCGGACGCGGCGAGAAUCCGCGCCCACAACAGAAUCAUGAGGCGGCGACUCGCGGCGACGAAGCCGCAGAUUAUUCAUAGGCACUCGGAAAUAGUCAUCGUCGCGCGGCGCGAGGCGCGGGCCCGCCACAUCGACGCGCGCGAGCGGCGACGGGCGGACCUGCGGCGGAGCGAGCGGGAAUCGAGGCGGCAGCGCCGGUCCGCGUCUCCUGCAGUGCAUAAAUCAAAUCGUCGCGGCGCGUCUCCGCCACUGCUGCAUCGCCGAGACUCACUGGUUGAUUUGUGCACAGGUCGCCGGUGCGCGCCGAGCGGAGGCUCCGGCCGGGGACGGCUGCCGCACGCGUUGCGCUGGCGGCGCGGCGUGAGGAGGAUCGGGCGGCGCGGAGGAUCGAGCUGCGCCGGCGGAACGCCGAGCAGGCGCGCCGCCACCGCGGCGCGGCGAGUCGGUGCGACACGCGGCUGUCGACGCCCGUUGAACAGAGGCGGCGCCAUCUACGACGACCGCCGGACCCGGAUCUGGUGGCGGAGCUCGCGCGGGUCCUGGCGGGCCAGCUUUGACGCCGCGCGGAGCGAAAACCCUCCUCGCGCGGCGCCAGCGUGGAUGGGUGCUUUCACCCUAACGGCACGCCAUCGGCGCGGCGCGGCGAUUCGGCGCGGCGAUGGCGUGGAGCUGCACGCAGCGGGGGGACUGUAAGAUGUGCACUUUUAGUAGGAGACCCUUGGCGGCCUCGAGGGGGGAGGGGGGAAGGGCACAAAUAAC